GUUUCAAAUCUGUAAUCUCCACAACCAGGGAGCUUCCACGCGACUCUCCAGACCUGGUUACCGUAAUCUGCGGAACCGCCCGCUUUACCACAUAUAACUCCAGUUCCACGCUUCAGGGAGUGCUUCGAAAUGUAAGCUGGUCUUCAGGUUCCCUUCUUUACUUCCUCAUCGUCGUCGUUCCCUCCAUUUCGUUACCGUCUCUCGUGUAAUAGACUGUACAUAAAACGCCAUCUCUCGUUUUCUUCUACCACUGUCGAAGUCCUUUCCCCACCUCCUCGAAAUGCCGAUUGCAUACCCUCCCCCUCCUCCUCCACCACCCUUUGCUUAUUCCAGUCCUCCAUCUCGGGCGUCGUCUCGAGCUCCAUCUCGAGCUCCAUCUCGCACACGUUCAGGCUCACUUACAAUCAUGCCUACGCGUUCCAGGAAUCGGUCACUGUCGACACGGUCCAAAAAGGACUCAGGCAGUUAUUCGGAGAAGAGUGCGCCAAAGCACCGGUUCACCAUGGCAUCCCUGCGAGGCUUGCAACAGCCGGACCUUGCAAAGAAGCUUUACAAGCUCAUCAAGGCCGAAAAUCAUGCAAUUGGUGCGCAUGAGACGGCCGGACGAGAGCGCCUCGCCAUUGCUCAGCAAUUGUCCGAGUGGGGUGAGGCUACAGGCGACGAAGCCAUCUCUGAUAUCUCGGACAAACUCGGAGUCUUGAUGGCGGAGAUUGCUGAGCAAGAGGACGUCUAUGCUCAAACGUUGGAAGAGUACAGAGGCGUCUUGAAGCAGAUCCGCAACACGGAAAGCUCUGUACAGCCCAGCCGUGAUCACAAGGCAAAGGUUUCGGAUGAGAUUGCCAAGCUCAAGUAUAAAGAGCCACAGAGCACUAAGAUUGUCCAGCUCGAACAGGAACUCGUCCGAGCAGAGGCACAAAGUCUGGUGGCAGAAGCCCAGCUCACAAAUAUCACCCGCCAGAAGUUCAAAGAGGCAUUCGAUAUCCACUUUGCUGCGACCAUUGAGCGUGCAGAGAAGCAAGCUAUUCUAGCGAAACAAGCCCGUCGCCUUCUGAAUCUUCUUGACGAUACCCCCAUUGUCCCUGGGGAAGCUCAUCCAACUUUUGAAGGGGUGGAGGCCGGGCGUCAGAUCCUGAACGAUGCCGAAGACGAGCUCCGCAACUGGCACCCUGAUUUUGAGCCUAUUCGGACAACCUCUGGGUCUCUUGGACUAGGAGCGAUGCCCGGGACGACAGCCACGGGGGGGAGCGGGAGCUAUGAGAGCGAGAUUGGACAAGACAGUGGCUUGCAUGAGCGGACUGCCCCGAAGUAUGCAGAGAAGUCCGCUCGAAGCCGCAGCACAAGCGGAGAAAGACGAUGGGCUGCCAGCGCAGAAUCGGCAAGCGCACGUGAAGGAGGAGAAGUGCAGCCGCCAUAUCCCAUGACUGAGGCCGAGAGACGUCAGGUCGCUGAGGCGGGCGUCAUCUAAUGUUAUCGAGCGGAAGAUCGGGUUGUUCGCAGCGGGUUCGGG